UGGAGAGACUGAACCUGCGCUCGCUGUUCCGGGCUCAGCCUCUGUCAUAACAAACACAGAGCUUCAUGUGCUCCAGUCCCGUUUAACUGUGGUGGGACAGGACAGUUUGCAGGGUGAUGGACAUGCUGCCUGUGGUGGUGGUCCAUGGAGGGGCGGGUCAAAUCCCAAAGGAGCAGUCGGAGCAGGCCACUUCGGGGGUGUGCUCAGCGGCCCGAGCGGGGUAUGCCAUCCUCCGGGGAGGGGGCAGCAGCAUGGACGCAGUGGUGGAGGCUGUGUCCCAGAUGGAGAAUAAUCCCUCCUUCAAUGCAGGCUGCGGCUCAGUGCUGAACAUCAAAGGGGAGGUGGAGAUGGACGCCAUUGUGAUGGAUGGGAAAACGCUGGGAAGUGGUGCAGUCUCUGCUGUACGGAACAUAGCUAACCCUGUUCAGCUAGCACGGCUGGUCAUGGACAAGACCAGCCACGCAUGUCUGACAGCAGAGGGCGCCAGUCAGUUCGCCCGGGCCAUGGGGGUCCCUGAGGUCCCCCCGGAGUCCCUCAUCACAGAGUACUCCCGUAUGCGCUGGAAAAAGAACUUGGCCCCCGGUGCAAACCCUGUGGAGAGCCAAAUGGGGAAGAUGGGCACAGUCGGAGCCGUGGCAGUGGAUAGCGAGGGAAACGUAGCCUGUGCAACCUCCACCGGUGGAAUGCUGAACAAGAUGGAGGGACGAGUGGGCGACACAGCCUGCAUAGGCUCUGGGGGUUAUGCUGACAACCAGAUGGGAGCAGUGUCACCUACGGGCCACGGAGAAGCCAUCAUGAAAGUUACUCUGGCAAGACUCAUCCUGUUCCACAUGGAACAAGGUCAGUCAGCGGAGGCCGCUAGUGACUUGGGCCUGGCCUACAUGAAGAGCAGAGUGGGUGGUCUGGGUGGGGUGGUGACUGUGGACCCCCAGGGCCACUGGGCCGCCCAAUUCUCCAGCCUGCAAAUGGCCUGGGCUGCAGCUCAGAAAGACACCGUGCACUACGGCCUGUACACCGGGGAACACUUCACACAGAGCAUCGACAGUCCACAGUGACAGAAAAUACACAACACAUGUGGGUUUGAUCAUUUUCUUUAUUGUUGCGUUUAAUGAUAAAAUAAUUAAUUUAGAUGUAAACAACAGAAAUAUAAUUUUGAUGAAAUUAGUUUAUGUUUACUGUUAACAACCAACUUUAGUAUUGAUUAUAACUACACUCCACGUACCUCAUGUAUGGAUACAUGUAGAGUGAGUGGUGAGAACACACUGUUAUUUCUAUUGAUUGUUUGAUGCAGAGAAAUGGGUGAAGUUAUCUCUAGACCCUCACCUCUUUUUGCAUCUUUGGUUAAAAUGUUCUGUUCAAAUUUAACCGUAUGAUUGACUGGCAUUAUUGAUUUUGCACAGUAUAUACAUUUUCACAUAGAAAGUAAUUUCAUAUCAAACAUGUAAGUAUUACAAUUGGGGUUUAUAUAAUGAACAGAAACAGAAAGUCUGCUUUUUGGGAAUUUCUCAGUUGAUCGUAUUUUACAUGGAGGGACAGUAUUACUGCUGGGAAACUUUGGUGAUAAUUGAUGCAAAUGUUCAUCUUACUUUAUGUAUUGAAGUUUCUGCCACACUUUGUAUUUCACAGAGAACAGUUAAUUGUUCUGUAUUAGUAGUGUGAGGUGAAACACUGAGAUCAUCUCUGCACAGUUUGAAGUUGAGCCAGUAUUUGUGAAGUGCUGCUGAUCAGAUGAGUGUUAAUGCUGAAGCUUUCUUUUAGCAAAACACUGACGUUGACAAUAAAUUCCUUUAAUCCCUGGAAA